UCUGGCAGCCCUCCCAGGAGUUUAUAGUCAGCUGUUAUUGACGUAACUUUUACUCUUUUCUUGGAUUUUGGUUGAAACUAAAUUGUUAUUGAAAUGGUUCGCCCAACGGUCGUCAGUCUGGCAAAGCGAGUGCCCCUUAUCCACUUCCGCAAGGGCGGAGUAGGUGCACCAGGCGCGCAGACCGCAAACCAGCAGGCAAGUUCCCAGCCAGCAGGAGGCAAAAAGGCGGCCGGUGGACCUGCAAUCGAGGAUUACGAAUUACCGGCGCGAUUUGCCCGCAAGCCCAUCGAUGCCGAGGAGGCGGCGUACAUUAACAAUGGCGGAAUACCGAACUGAGUUCCCCAAAAGUGUGCUGCUUGUAAAAUAAACUAAUGUCACAGCUGUUCUAGACUUUACCGAAUACCACAAAUGUUUAGCGUAAAUUAUUCAAGACCAAAUUAAAAUGUUUAAAAUGAA